AUGACUAUUGCAUUUCUUCUUAAUACAAACAUAAUGUUAAAAUCUUCUUUAAGCAAUUCUAGUCGAAUGACACAAUCUCAAGGUGUGUUAGGAUAUAUCCCUCAAGUUAUGCCAUCUUUAACUACUAGUUCCCUCUUGUCUAUGAGGCAUCAAAUAGAUGAAAACUGCAGCUACUUGAUUACCAUAAAGACAAGCUGUGAUUCUCCAAGAAAUUCAAAAGAUCAUAUUGGUCUUUUAUUUGGAGACUCCCUUGACUCUGAGAUUUAUGUUCCAAGACUAGAUGGACCUGAUUCUGGGCCGUUUAGGAGGUGCAGAACGAUGUCAUUUGAUGUAAAAGCACCAGAACCAUGCAUGGGAGAAAUCUGCAAACUGUAUCUAUUUAGGAAUGGAACUGAUGGUUGGAUGCCAGAGACUGUUACAGCAUACGACUAUCAUUACCCUCCUGUUAUUUUUAACUACAACUUUUUUCUUUCUGAGGGUCCUGGAGUUGGCCACAAUUAUUGUGGUAAAUCAUAGUGUCUUUGUGUCUCUAUGUUCUUUAACAACAAAAAUAUUAAGAUAGGUUUGAAUAAUGUUGCUUCUAGUAAGAAAUAAAUAUGUUUAUUGACAUGAGAUGAGUCAUCA